AAGAAUAUAUGAAAAUAAAAAUGCCAAUAAAAAAAAAAAAUUAUAAUUUUUUUUAGAGAAAUCGAGUGGCUAAUAUUAAAAUAAUAGCAUUGUAUACGUAAUUCAACUGUAUUCAGCAAACCAAACACUAAAGUCUCCGCUUUGGAAUAAUUUUUAAUGAAAAACGUAACCAUAAAGUGAUGAUAAAAAAUAAAAUUUAUGAUCCUUUUGUCUCGUAAGCUUCAUUGACAGGUUUACCGUUAGACCAACUAGCAUAUUGGGUGUGUACGUGAGCGCUCAUCGAUCAAUCCCCAUAGACGGGAUAGGAAGCUACUAGAGUAAUAUUGUACGGGUUGAAGUCUUGAUACGUUACGAGGCGCAUUUUAUAGGCAAUAUAGGUGCACUUCGGUGUUCGGGGACACCGGCCGUAAAAGCGUUCUCAAUCGACACGUUUUUGUUGGCAUAGUAAAAUAUUUUAUGGUUUGGUCGUUGCUACUUCGUGAAAUAAAAUUGAAAUAUCUGACAUGUCCAUCACAGCAGUCUUCAUCGCUCUUAUCGAUUGGUGUAUGUAAAACAACACAGUACCUAAGUCCUUACUAUGGAAGGGGCACAAUGUUCUUUGUACCAACUCUUACCGUGUGUGUUACAAGUACUAUGUCAUAGAAAUAUCGUCUCAUCCCGUUUUAAUUACAUCCCUAACACUCUUGAUAUAGCGAAUUCUUUAAAAUACCCAAAAUAAUACUUUGAUCGAAUUUGUAUUAUUAUUUUUACUAUCGCUCACAGGGGACAGACGAAUACCCCUCGCUUCUCACGGGUACGCCUUUGACAUAAUAUGUAUGUUUUUGAUUUGAGUUAUCUAGAGAUUCUAUUACCCGACAUUUGGGCUUUGGCAAUAAACUGUCGCUAAAAAACGAAACAAAUAAUACUGUAGGCAAUAUGAUUUUGUUGUGAAUUCAGGACGGCAUUCAAUUACACGGGUUGCUAUUGCAAUGGAAACUGUAGAAGCUGCCGUGCCGGCAGUCAAUUAACCUCUCGCGCCGCUCAUCGACUAUCCGCUCGCUGGUGGACCCGUUAGUCGAUUUUGCCUGUCCCGUAUCAAUAUGCCUUGUCUUUGUCCCUUCGCGCUCCUUUUUUACGAUAUAAUAUACCUAUGUUGCAUUGAUGUUACUCGCUGCUGCCACUGUUUAUUGCCGUGAUUGGCGGUGAUGUGCGCGCGCACAUACGUGAUUGUUGACAAUCGUUACGGGCGUAUAAACGCGUACAACGAUGGGGAUGCGAUUCACUGGCGACCGAAUCUCUGUGCUAACUCGUCAAGUGCCAUUCAGUCUAGGACGUUCGGUCCGACCGCAUCGAGAAUUCGGGACUUUGCGCCGGUGAAGCGCGAAACCGACGCACGACGGCCACUACGAUAAAUGGACAGUAGCAAAAAAGCCAAAAACAAAUCGUAUUCUAGAGUGUAGUAUUAGCCGGCAGUGCGAGGUGGCUGCGCUGGCUCACAGUAGUGUGUGCUAUCCCACAUUCCAGUGCUUCCGUUGAUUUUGCACGUAAAGAAUGACCUGAUAAUGAAUAAAUUGUAUCUACAAGUAUAUAUUUUAAUCUUAUUGUCAUCUACCAAAGCAAACAACGAGCUCAUUGGUCCGGUAUUUCGUUUGUUACCACCGUUUAAUGUUCAAUUUUCUAAUGAUACUGGUGUUAAAAUUGAUUGUACAGCUUUUGGAAAUCCUAAUCCACAUAUACAGUGGUAUUUAGAGGACGGAACGAGAGUAAUGACAAUUCCUAAAGUCAGAAUAAUACACCAAAAUGGAAGUUUAGUAUUUCUAAGUUUUGGACCCAGCUCAUUCAUGCAUGAUGUUCAUAGCGCACAAUACAGAUGUAAAGCAUCGAAUAUUGUUGGUCAAAUUAUAAGUGGCAUUGUUAAUGUUAAUGCUGUUAUGAAUCAAAACUAUGAUGUCCAAGUUUAUGAUGAAUAUGUAAUUUCUGGAAAUACAGCAUUAUUGCGAUGUCAUAUUUCUGCGUAUGCAUCUAACUAUGUAAUUAUUUCAUCAUGGACUCAAGAUAACAUAAUACACUUCUAUCCAAAUGUUGAUACGGAUGGAAAGUAUUUGGUACUUAGUAAUGGAGAUCUGUACAUUAAUAAUGUGGAUUCAAGUGAUGGGUUUAAAAGUUACACGUGUAGAACGGUGCAUAAAUUAACUGGCGAAACUAGAUCCAGUAGUAUUCCUGGUCAUAUAACUGUAAAUGAACCUAUGGGAAAUCAACGACCUAGGGUAAUAGUUGAAUCUGAUAGUAGGAAACACGUUAAAAUAGGUGAAGAUCUAACACUAUCUUGUUUAUCGCAAGGUUUUCCUGUACCUACAUACAGAUGGUAUAGGGAAAAUGGCGAUUUACUAAUUGCUAUUGAAUAUGACUCACGGGUAUCAAUACCAAUUUCUGGACUACUGAAAAUAAAUAAAGUUCGAUUAGAAGAUGAUGGAAAAUACGUUUGUAUAUCUAAUAAUAGCAUAGGUGAAGAAACAGUUCAUCACAGCGUUUUUGUUUCCGAACCAUUGUCUGUAAACAUAGUGCCUCAAAAGAUUGUUAGUUCUUUGCAACCAGAUUCUACGAAAUCUGCUCAAUUUAUAUGUACAGUCAAUGGCUAUCCAAUCAAUAGGAUAUUAUGGUAUAAGAAUGGACAACCAUUAAUGCAUCUUAAUGGAAGGGUGCGUGUAACAUCAACAGCUAAUAAGCAUAUACUAAUUUUAUCAUCAUUAAAUAAAGAUGAUCAAGGCAUUUACCAAUGUUUUGGAAUUAAUGAUUGGGAUACAGCCUUUGACAAUGCGCAAAUUUUAUUAGGAGAUUUAGGUCCAGAACUAGUUUAUUGGUUUACAGAACAAACAUUACAACCAGGUCCAUCUUUAUCAUUAAAAUGCGUAGCAUCUGGGAAUCCUUUACCUCAAUUUACUUGGACCUUAGAUGGAUUUCCCAUUCCUGAAUCGAAUAGAAUUUUGAUUGGUCAGUAUGUCACUGCCGAUGAUGACGUCAUUGCACAUGUUAACAUAUCAUCAUUGAAAGUCGAAGAUGGUGGAGAAUAUACUUGUAUAGCUCACAAUGAAAUAUCACAAGUAUCACAUUCUUCUAGAGUAAAUGUUUAUGGAUUACCAUUUAUAAGAGAAAUGCCGAGUGUACACGUUAUAUCAGAAAAACAGCUUGUUAUCAAGUGUCCUGUUGGUGGAUAUCCAAUAGAAUCAAUUAAUUGGGAAAAAGAUGGACAUAGUGUACCAUUUAAUCAACGCCAAAAAAUUUACAGUAAUGGAACAUUAAUUGUUGACAAAGUUCAACGACAAACAGACGCAGGAAUUUAUGCAUGUAUAGUAAAAAAUCAUCAAGGACAUUCAUCUAGAAGAGAUGUAGACGUGCAAGUAUUGGUUCGUCCGAAAAUUUUACCAAUUCCUCCAAUGACAAACUUAUUAGCAGAAGGUAUGAGAGCUGCUAUUCCUUGCCAAAUAAUAGAAGGUGAUCUUCCAGUUACAUUUACUUGGAUAAAAAAUGAUGGUGAAGUAAAUAGUGAUUUAGGUAUUGGAACAACAACAAGACAUCAUGAUGAAUACUCAUCUUCAUUGAUCAUAGAACGAAUCACAACAGAGCAUGCUGGUAAUUACACAUGUAUAGCAAAAAAUGUAGCUGGAGAAGAAAAAUUUACUGUCCCUUUGACAGUAAAUGUUUCACCGAAGUGGACAGUUGAACCACAAGAUACAAAUGUGAUUUUGGCAUCACCUUGCAUGCUACAUUGUCAGGCCGAAGGAUAUCCAAAUCCAACUAUUGCUUGGAAAAAAGCCUUUGGAGAUUUUACGGAAGAGUUCAAAGAUUUCUUAUACGAACCAAACGUUAAUUUCUUUAGGAAUGGAACUUUGGAGUUUCUUCACCCUAAUAAAGUAAAUGAAGGAAAAUAUAUGUGUGAAGCAAAAAAUGGAAUUGGUUCUGGGCUAAGUAAAGUCAUACAGCUAAAAAUAAAUGCUCCCGCGAAGAUAAUCCAAAAAAUUCAACAAAUUCAAGCAAAACUAAAUAGUGAUGCUCGAGUAGUAUGUUCUGCUGUAGGAGAUAAGCCUUUGAAUAUUACUUGGAAAGGGUCAAAUGACUUACCAAUCUUAGAAGUCGUGGAUCAGAGAUUCACUAUUAAAGAACAAUCUCAUGAAAAUGGUAUUAUUUCGGAGCUCUUGAUAUCACCAGUUUAUAGGUACGAUACUAGUAUAUUAAAGUGUAUUGCCAGUAAUUAUUACGGAAUAGAUGAAUUGUCUAUUAAAUUAAUUAUUGAAGAAAUUCCAGAAAGCCCGAAAGAUAUAAGAAUAAUAAAUCAACAAAGUAGAUCCAUUGAAGUAUCAUGGAAUGAACCAUAUAAUGGAAACAGUAUUAUAUUAAAUUAUAUAGUUCAAUACAAACUGGUACCAUCGUUAUGGACAGAAAAUCCGGCUAAAGUUAUAACUUCUAGUACUCAAAAAAAUUUAAUUAUUGAUGGCUUGAAACCAGCAUCAUCUUACCAUAUUAGAAUAAUAGCUGAAAAUGCAAUUGGUCAUAGUGAGCCAAGUAAUGAAAUGCAAGCAACCACUCAAGAAGAAGCUCCCAAUAUGUCUCCUCGAAACAUUCGAGUUGAAACUAAAAGUAAGACUGAAAUUGUUGUUAUGUGGGAACCUCCUCCUCCUGAAGCUUGUAAUGGACUUUUACUUGGUUAUCAUGUCGGGUAUUUACCUAUUGAUUAUUUACAAAAUUCUGUCACGUCAGCAUCACCUAUCUCGCGUUACUUUCUGAAAACAGUAGAAAUUAAUUCACAAUAUGGCGAAGAAUUUACAAUUAAUGGAUUAGCUCCAUAUACAAAAUAUUCUAUAAUUGUUCAAGCUUUUAAUAGUAAAGGUUCGGGGCCAUUUUCUUUACCAAUAAUAGCACAUACUGACGAAGGAGUACCCACAAUACCUUUGGAAAAAAUAGCAUGUAGACCCUUAACAUCUCAGAGCAUUCAAAUUUCAUGGGACUUACCUCCAUUGAUUAAUCGUAAUGGUAAAAUACAAGGAUUUAAGGUGUCUUAUCAACCUAUUGAAGAUUGGUAUGAAAAAAAUGAUUACGAAACAAAAAUAACGACUGCACAAUACACAACAAUUCAAGCUUUAUCUAAGUAUACAAAUUACAGUAUAUCAGUAUAUCCAUUUACAAGUAAAGGAGAUGGAAUUCAUAGCGUUCCAGUUUACUGCAAAACUGAAGAAGAUACCCCUACUGUACCAGCAGAUAUAAAGGCAGUAAUUGGUUCAAUAAGUACUAUUAUUGUAUCAUGGCUUCCUCCACUUCAUCCGAACGGAAAAUUAACUGGAUAUAUUUUAUACAUAUCAGUUUUAACUGGCCACAAAGAUUCCAAGCCUAUCAAAAAAAUAUUAGGCUCAUCUGUUGAAGUGUUCGAGACGUCACGAAUUUUAGAUAGUGCAAAAUAUCAAUUUUGGUUAAAGGCUGUGACUAAAAUGGGCGAAAGUGAAAGUACUCGCACUAUUACAGUUUUGCCAACAAUUAAAGUACCAGCAAAAAUAGUAUCUUUCUCUCAAUAUAUUGUCACCAGAUGGAAAAAAAAUGUUACUUUAAAUUGUAAAAGAGUUGGCAUUCCAUUACCUCAGCCUAUUUGGACAAAAGCUGGACGAUCAGUAAAUUCUAACGGAAGAUACCAAAUAAAUAAAGACGGAUCAUUAGUAAUAAGUGACAUACAACAUUCUGAUAAAGGAAAUUAUACAUGUUUUGUAGAAAAUAACCACGGCAAAGAUGUCAUAAUUUACUCUAUAAACGUUAAAGUUCCACCAUCUCCACCAAAAUUAUCUGUCCAUUUAGAGGAUAUUGAUAGCUUACAAUUGAAGUGGAUGGACACUUCUGAACUAGAUAUUCCAAUAUUAGGUUACACAAUCAAUUAUAAACGUGAACAUGGUGAUUGGGAAGAAAUACAAGUUGAUUCCAAAACUCACUUUCAUGUUCUUCAAAACUUACUUUGUGGUACAAGAUAUCAGUUAUACAUAACUGCAUAUAAUAAAAUUGGUACUGGAUUACCAUGUGAUAUCGUUUCAGCUUAUACUAAAGGAUCAGUACCUGAGCCACCAGAAAAUUCUUAUGAAGCAAUCGUGUAUAAUAACUCAGCUGUUAGUAUUUGGCUAGAUCAAUGGCACAAUGGAGGAUGUGACAUUCUUUAUUAUACUGUAAAGUGGAAAGAAAAUACAUUUACUGAUGAUUGGAUUUCAAUUAGCGACAAGUCUAUUUUACCAAAAGAAAGUGUAUAUACGUUAGGGAACCUUGAACCGGCUACUAAAUAUAAUAUAAAAGUUUCUGCCUAUAAUAAUAUUGGUUCAUCAUUUGUAGUUUAUAAUAUUACUACUUUAACUAUUGAUGGAGCCACUAUUAUACCAUUUGAUAUUUAUACUGAGAUUACUCCAGAGUCUUCAGCUUUUACAUCAACUACUACGGCAAUAUCUUUAAUCAUAGCUCUUAUAGUUGUAUCAUCAAUUGCUGCAUUUACAUAUUACUAUAAAUUUAUGAAACAUUCAGAUGAAACUUAUUUAAGAGAUCAAAAUGAGAGAAAUCGAGAUAAUCAUUAUUCUAUUAGAGGACAAUCACAGCAAACUUUAAGCUGUGACUCAGUAACAUUCAAAACAGACUCUACGGAUUUUAUGGAUGAAAUUUGUCCAUAUGCUACAUUUGAAUUAGCAAAACAACCACAAGGAGAAAGUACAUUUAGUGGAAAUAUUUAUAGUGGUCCAUAUCAUUCAGUCAGAGGAUCAUUUGUUUAUCAUCAACCAAAAGCAUCUAUUUCUGAUUCUUACAACUUUACUCAAAGAAAAGAACCUGAGUAUACCAAAGUUCGUCAUAAAAGUAAAAAACUAAGAGACCCACAUUCUGAAAGUCAAGAAUCGGACAAUUUAGGUAGUACGGAUUCCGAAGUUAAGCGGAUUUUAACACUUCACUUGCCUAUUUCAGAGUAUGAAACUCAUGGUAGUGAUUCUGAUAAUGGAGAGGGAAGACGGAAUCAAUCUGUUAGUCAAGAACUUGUUUCAUUUAGGCGCCGUAUGAGUAGAGAACUAGAAAAUGAAGAUUCAAGUACUUCAUCGGAAAAUUCAAUAACAGAGUCAAGAAAACCUCCAAUAUUGCCUACAUCAAGAAAAUCUAAAAUAAAAAACCACGCGUAUACUAAAAGAUCAUCUAAGGGUAGUUGUGAUUACAAAAAUCAUGAUAGUGAAUUGUAUUUCAGUGAUAGGUUAAAUCCACCAUCAAGGUUCUCUGAUUCUCGAACUAUGCGACAAAAUGAAGCAAAUGAAUUUGAACGUCGAUCAAAGGUAUCAUCUCAUCAACGAAAAUCGCCUAGAAGACUAACUCAAGAGACUUCAUUUCAAAUAGACGUUUAAUUAUCAAUUUUAAUUAAUUAAAUUCAAAAGGAUAGUUUAUGGUUACCAUUUAAAAAGUAUCUUAUUUACUUGUAUUAAAUUUUAUAAUUGUUACGUUUUGUAUUCGUUAACAUGUUUUUAUAAACAAAAAUAUCUGUUAAAAAAUUAUUUCCAAUGGCGCAUAAGUUGAGUACACAAGUAGAGAUAUUUGGGUAUAUAACAUUCUACUUCAUUAAAUAUAUUUUAAAUUUUUAAGAUACAUAUAUUAAAAUGUCAAACAUUUUUCUAUCUACAUAAUAAUAAUCAUGAUAAAAACUAUUAAAGUAAUCCAUCUUAGAUAUGUGAUUGAUUUUAUGUAUAGUUUUUGAUAUAAUAGUCUAAGAAAAGUUAGUUUACAAUAAGAAUAGGAAAUAAAAUAUUAGUAAUUGAUAAGUCUUUACUUUUAAAUCAUAAACUGACGAAAAUCAAAUUUGAAUUUCCACAAAAAGGUCUUUUAUUUUUUGGUUUUAUACAAAAACUUUUUUUUAAAUAACUCACUAAUAUGUUUGUACUCCUUUUUACUCAGUUAUAAUUCCAUGUUUAGAAUUAGGUUACAGCCAACAUUAAAAGUGAAAGGUGGUGAUUUAAAAUGUGAUAUUGUUUUAAAUGUAUGUAUUUAAUUAUGUAAAAAAAUGUAUUCAAAUAGAAUACAUUUUUUGAUAUACAGCAUAUAUUAAAAAUAAUUCAAACAUAUCCUUUUAUUACUAAGUAGUUCUUAAAUUUUGGUUCUAAUUUUUACAAUAAGAAUUGCAUCACAAUUUAAAAACAUCAAUACUAAUUUUUGAUUAUAAUCCUUUCAAU